CAGUUGUACGUCACUGUCGCACAUUUCUGGUUCUCACUGUUUCCAUUCGGUGGUCGAACGGAUUCUAUCCAUUAGAUCAGCGCUGUUUGGCGCGUGUUUCGGUUCACCCUCCACUUAAAGGUCUAAAGUUUGAAUUUUCCAACUGCGAUGUCAACGUAGCAGUCGCGGCUCGCGCUGUCACGCGGGACUUGUUGACGUGUAAACACGAUGUCGUCCGCUCCGUGCGCGUGUUGUUCCCAUGCCGUCUCCUCCUCCAGUCCACACCAGACUUUAGACGAGAUGGAUUUCGAGCGAGGUAUCUGGUCUGCAGCCAUGAACGGAGACUUGGAUCGAGUCAAGUCAUUCAUCCACAAAGGCACUGACCCCAACCUGAGGGACUCAGCUGGUUACACCUCUCUGCACUACGCCAGUCGUGCAGGUCUGGUCCACGUCUGCAAGCUCCUGCUGGAGAGCGGUGCCUGUGCAUCGGCCCAGACCCCUGGCGGGGCCACACCGCUGCAUCGCUCCUCUUACUGCGGACACCUGGACGUGGUUAAACUCUUGCUGCACCACAGAGCUGAUCCCCAACUCUGCGACGAUGAUGGAGCGACCCCUUUGCACAAGGCUGCAGAACAAGGUCAUGAGGAAGUGUGUCAGGCGCUUCUUCAGCACUGUCCAGCGCUGUCCCAGCGGCUAAAUAAAAGACUCCAGCUUCCAUACCAGCUGGCUCCCAGUGGCCCCCUGCAGCAGCUUUUAAAACCACCUUUGUGAAAGCAUCUCAUCCAGCUGACUUUGUGGAUGACGCAUCCUACUCAGUCGUCUUGAUCAAGCCAUGAAACACCUUUCAUCCUGCACCUGUACAAGAGUAGUGCCUCAUUUUUACUGUCCGAGGUGGAAAAACAUCAGUAAAAUAAAUAAUAGGAUUUUUUAAAAUCUGAUGUCAGAAGUGUGAGACAGACAGGAAUUGUGUUUUCAAAACAAAUAAAAAAGAUUGUUGUAACAGGAAUAGUGCAGGCUAUUUUUGCUACAUAUUUAAUUUAUUCUAACUGCUCCUCAACUUUGUUUUGCUAAAAUAACGUGUUAUUUUAUGAUUCAAAUGACCAUGUAGCCAUCAGGAGAUGAAAAGACCAUAUCGCCAAGCCCUACAAUCACUCAUCACAUUGUUUGGAUUUACUUACGUCUUUUUAAAUGAGGUCAAUAAUAAUAGUUAGAACAUAAAUAACUUUAAAACAGGAGCACUAUACUGUGAUUUAAUAUCAUAUAUCAUAAAUAUUGUCCUGUCUUCAAGUACAGGAGCUGCAGAUUGGUCAAUGCUGUCAUA